AUGAAGAUAACUCUUGUUGAUAAUAAGAUUGUGAUAGUUGGAGGUGGUAUAUGUGGUCUUGCAACAGCCCUAGCACUCCAUAGGAAGAGAAUAAAAAGUUUGGUGUUAGAAAAAUCAGAAGAGUUGAGAGCAACAGGAGCAGCUAUAAUUGUGCAAGCUAAUGGAUGGCAUGCACUUGAUCAGCUUGGUGUUGGCUCAAUACUUAGACAAACUGCCAUUCAAAUACAUGGGGGAAAAUUGAUAUCAGUUAGCGAGAAUGAGUCAAAAGAAGCACCAUUUGGUAUUAAUGGAGAAUUUCGGUGCUUAAAGCGCACUGAUUUGAUCAAAGCCAUGGCCAAUUGUUUGCCACAGGAAACUAUAUGUACCGGUUGUCAAGUACUUUCCAUAGAAUUAGAUCCUGUAACAAAAUAUCCACAGCUUUUGCUUAGCAAUGGAAGUAUCCUUCAAGCUAAGGUUGUAAUCGGAUGUGAUGGUGUCAAUUCUAUCGUUGCAAAUAUGGUUGCGCUACACACGACAAAGCUCUUGCGUUUCUCUACAUGCGUUGCACGAGGCUUCACAAAGUACCAAAAUGAUCAUCAUUUUCCUAGUGAGUUUGUUAUGAUAAGCAGAGGUCAAGUUCAACUCGGAAGGAUCCCGAUUACUGACAAACUUGUUUACUGGUUUAUAACAAGGCUCGGCACUUCUCAAGAUUCAAUAAUUUCAAAAGAUCCAGUUCUUAUCAGACGAUCAUUAAUGGAAUCAGUGAAGGGUUUUCCAAUACCCGUAGUGGACAUGAUACAAAGUUGCAAGUUGAGCUCUUUGCAUCUGACUGACUUGAAGUAUCGUCCACCUUGGGAUUUACUUCUUAACAGAUUCAAUAAAGGAACAAUAGUGGUUGCUGGUGACGCAAUGCAUGCCACUGGUCCGUUCGUGGCACAGGGUGGUUCGGCUUCCAUUGAAGAUGCAAUUGUUCUUGCUAGAUGUCUAGCAGAGAAGAUGAAUAAUACAACUGAGGCGGUAGUUGAGAGAAAUGUUGUAGAGGAAGCAUUAGAUAAAUAUGCAAAAGAAAGGAGGAUGAGAAUAUUUUGGCUCUCUUUGAAUACUUUUCUUGUUGGGAAAAGACUCGAUACAAAAUCAUGUAUAUUUAGAUUUGUAGUUUUUGCAAUGAUGUUUGUUCUGUUUAGAGGUCCGGAUGGGCAUUCGCGCUAUAAUUGUGGAGCUCUAUAA